AGAACCUCUGUGGAGUGAGUUUAUGGCGCUUUUGCAUGACUGAUGUCAAGCUUUUUUUGAACACAGCAGGAAGAGCUGUGCUGUGAAGCUCAAGACUCAGCAUUUGGCUGAAAAAACACGCUGUGAUCCCUCCUCCAGAGCCUUGGGUCCCACUUAGCAUACAUACCUUUGACAUCAGGAUUAAACACACCAGGAGCAGCUACACCCACAAGCCUUUGAUGCUGCAUGUGAUCUACCUCACAACAGGUCCUGAUUAACUUCCUGGGGUUACCGUGCAACCAGAAGCAGAAUUUCUAAAAGCUCGUUUUAUUCCUCAGCAGCCUUCCUACAGCCUGCAGAUUAAGUACUGUUGGAAACUGGGGAUCUGCGGUUUGCUCAGACAAAGAAGAAAGGAGAGUUUAGAUAUUGCUUCAGGAGACGUGGCUUUGCUCUGGAUUCUUUUAUACAGAAAGAAGAUGUGUUUGCUGGCUCUGAAAGAAAAGGAAAAUUGUUAAAGGCAGUGUGGAUAUGAUUUGAAUCUUUCAUCAGGCUCUCAAUGCCAUUACUAGGGGUGAAGAAUGGUCUCCUUCCAGCUAGUUUUCCAAUAAUUUCACAGGGGAAUUAAGGUUGGAAGAUGCUUCAGGAUGGAUAAAGCUGUUCAGCAUCCCAGUGAGAUCCUGAAUCAAACUAUCUCUAACAUUAGCCUCUCUCAGUUUUUGAACUUUGAUACAUGCCAACUUUCCUCCCUUGCAGAAUUCUUGCUUAUUACAGCUUACACAUUGGUUACACUAGUGGGGCUUGUUGGAAAUCUUUGCUUAAUUAUUAUAAUAAAAAGAAGGAAAGAAGCUCAAAAUGUCACCAACAUUUUGAUUGCCAACCUCUCUGUAUCAGAUGUCUUGAUCUGUAUCAUGUGCAUUCCUGUCACAGUUGCAUAUACCUUAAUGGACCACUGGAUAUUUGGGGAAGCAAUGUGUAAAAUAGGCUCUUUCAUACAAAGUCUGUCCGUCACAGUCUCCAUUUUCUCACUUGUACUCAUUGCUAUUGAGAGAUACCAGUUAAUUGUGAACCCACGUGGCUGGAAGCCUAAUAUUUCACAUGCUUAUUGGGGAAUUCUUUUCAUCUGGGGGCUUUCCCUCAUCAUAUCCACUCCUUUUUUAGUAUUCCACCAAAUAACAGAUGAACCCUUCAAACAUCUGUCCUUCCACAGUGAUUUCUACAAGAACAAAGUUGCUUGCAUCGAAGCAUGGCCAUCUCUUACAGAGAGACUGAUUUUCACCACUAGCCUGCUGGUUUUCCAGUACUGCUUCCCACUGGGGUUUAUUUUUAUCUGCUAUCUCAGGAUAUUUGUAUGUCUUCGAAGGAGACGAGGUAAAAUAGACAGGAUGAGAGAGAAUGAGAACAGGCUGAGUGAAAACAAAAGGAUCAAUAUGAUGCUGGUAUCAAUUGUUGUGACCUUUGCAGCUUGCUGGUUGCCUCUCAACAUAUUCAAUGUGGUUUUUGACUGGAACUACGAGGCACUAAUGAGCUGUAAUCAUAACCUGGCAUUUACAAUCUGCCACCUUGUGGCCAUGAUCUCAACAUGCAUCAAUCCCAUCUUUUACGGAUUUCUGAACAGGAACUUUCAGAAGGAUCUGAUAGUAUUAGCUCACCACUGCAGAUGCUCAGCAUCACAAGAGGAAUAUGAAAAUAUUGCACUUUCAAACUUGCAAACAGAUGCAUCGAAGGGAUCUCUGAAGUUAAAUAAUCCCCAUGUGGAUAUAUAA